CCACGAAAAAGCGAUAGAAGGUUUAUAUUCUAGUAGUUAUACCCACGUGUGUAAGCUUUCAUUUGUGCUGUGUAGUUAGGUAGUGUAGAAUCUUAACAUUAUGAGAAUGGAGUCAAAUGGACCAACUUCACCAAUUAACGGAACGGAUGAAAUUCCCAACGAUCCAGGGAAGAUGUUUAUUGGCGGACUUAGUUGGCAGACCACAGCAGAAAAACUGAAGGAGCAUUUUGGGAACUAUGGUGAAAUUAAAGAGUCCAUGGUUAUGAAGGAUCCCACGACAAAACGAUCGAGGGGUUUCGGUUUUGUCACAUACAAGAACCCUGACAGUGUUGACAAAUGUCUAGAGAAUGGACCCCAUAUACUGGAUGGCAAACAGGUGGACCCUAAGGUGGCCUUCCCGAGAAAAGCCCAACCAAAGAUGGUGACAAAGACCAAAAAGAUAUUCGUUGGCGGGCUGUCUGCCCAGACCACAGUAGAAGACGUGAAAAAGUACUUCUCCACGUUUGGACAGAUUGAAGAUGCCAUGCUGAUGUUUGACAAAACCACAAACCGACACAGAGGUUUCGGGUUUGUGACCUUUGAAGAUGAGGAAACCGUGGAGAGAGUGUGUGAACUACAUUUCCAUGAAAUCAACAAGAAAAUGGUCGAGUGCAAGAAGGCUCAGCCCAAGGAGGUGAUGCUUCCACAGCAGUUGGCACGUGGUCGUGGAAUUGCCAGAGUGACUGAGGACGGGGAGAUUAUCUGGGAGCCUCUCCCUACUGACCUGGUUAUGCCAGAACUAUGUCUUGUACCAACGGCUAUGCCGACAUACCAGGCAGCUUAUGGGCGUGGUCUGCCGACAGCGUUCGCCCCCGCAGGCUAUUACUACCCAGGCUUCCCUAGUUACGGCUUGAUCCCCGCGGCAACGGACAGACACACUUCGCCAACAGCUCUCUAUAAUUUUGCUGACGUGACAAACGGCAUGCAAACCCUCCAGCGCAGCGAGCAGACGCCGUUACCAACGGUAACCUCGUCCCCUUUACAACGAGCCAAUGAAACGCAGGCCCUAUUCACGGCCCACUCCCAGGCCCUGGUGAACGCUCAGAGAUCAGCCAUGACACUGGCGUCCCUGCAGCAAGUGCCGCAAGCUACCUCCCCGAUCCAGAGCCGCCAGAUCAUGGGCGCGAGCAGCCCCGGCCCCCUGGAUCAGCUGAUCUCCAUGCAGGACCCCCUGGGCUACCUGCAGGCCACGAGCCCGCAACCCGGCGGCUUUGGUGGCCUCAACCUCACCAGGGUACGUGAGAUGCAGUCGUGGAAUCCCACCCAGUUGGUGAGCUUUCAGAAUGGAUACCACUAGAUCUGUGGUAGCAUAGCAACAGGCUGUGUACCAACUGUCUCCAGAAACGUUGUCUGCAGGGGAGGGGCGCUGGUCACCAGCUUGCAGUGAUGAAAUACAUCGUCAGGGAGACCUGCCUGUUAGUCACCCAAUAUUUGAGCGUAUUUACGCACAUGCGUACAGUGACAUACCUGUUUGAACUGCAUGGCCAACGAGUCUCAGUAUAUUCUCUUUAUUUUAUGUAUAUUAUUACAUGUACGCCACCCUUGUGGUAACGUUUGUUAAUGACUAUUUGUUACGAUUGUGUCUGUUUAUUGUAGUUCGCGCAUUCUGGGGUGUUUAUUAACAGGGUCAUGUUUCAACGUGAUAACUUUUAUAGAAAGUGUGAGCAAGCUUAAGUGUAUUUUAGUGUUUUUUUGCGAAAUGAGACAGUUAACUUUCUGAAUGCCCGACUUACAUUAAAUUAGAUAAAUAUUCAUGACAUAUACAGAUUUGUUGCAUAUUCUUGUUUGUGAUUUUAUUAUUGUUUUUUAUUUUUAAAUGAAAAUGUAUAAUGCUUAUAUUUUAGAUCACAUUUUUGCAAGUUUUUGUUAUGUAUUAAACAUUUUUAAGAUGUAUUUGAUGACAGUAAAUCGAGGUUCAUUGAAUUUAGUGAUAAACAUACAAGAAAACCUUUUAAAAUGAAUAGUAGAAGGACAAAACCUGUAAAACUUAAAGAUUAUUUAAAUUGGUUGUUAUUCAGCUGGCAAAGUUUUAUGUUUUAUUAUUCCACUUUCACACUGCUGAUAUUUCAACUAGCUAUAAUUUUUUUAGCUGUAUAUAGUUCAAAUCACGUAGGACCAAGUUUGAUUGUUUUUAAUAUGAAAGGAUUUGUACAUGGGUUUUACUUUUGUUUUAAUUUUAUUUAACCAUCAAUAUGCAAGCUUUUUUAUUUUUGACUGUAUGUGAUAGUCCCUUUGCCAUUACUUUUAUCACUUCUUUAUUGAAGAGCUUGUAUUGAAGGGUGAUAAUAAUUUUUAUGUAUUACCUCCCCUUUGAACUCUUUAAUUUUAGAAUUUCUUAAAAUUUCUUCCAAAUCUGUUUAAACUGAUUUGUUUCGUGAAGGUUUCUAUAGUUUUUUAUGUAGUUGGUGUCUUAAUUCAUCGGUCAACAUUCAUCAUUUUUCACUUGUCAUUAUUCUCCACAAAAAACUCAUGAAUUCAGAUUGUUUUGCCCACUGUUAGCUGUAAUGUAUUUCUCAAACAUUAUUGUUCUAGAUUAUAUUAGAAACAUAGGAAUGAUAAAAAAUCAUGAACAUUCUCAGAAAAAGAAAAAAACAGCAAAUAACAUGGAUAAUUUGUAAAUAUAUAGCAAUAUGCAAUCCGUAUAACAAUAAGCAAUUGAAUAGCAUUAAAAACAUUCUGAUCACCAUUCUGUUGACAGUGGGCCCUAAUUACAGCCUAGUCUACAAUGCAACGCAUUUAUGAACGUUAUCUUAACCUUUGUUAGUGCUUAGGAAACCAAAAUGAGUGUGCUAAGGUGCUAUACAACGCAGUGUAAAGACGUUACUUAGCGUAGAAUCAUAACAAUACAUUUUACUAUGAUGUUCAGAUACUGUUGUUGUCGAAAAUAAUGUUGUAAUUUGUUUUUUCUGAUAGAUUAGGAUUUGAACUUGGAAAUAAAAUGGCAUGUUACAUUGUUGUUUAGAUUUUAGUGUUUAUGUGGGUUUUUAAAGAUGUGUUGUUUAUUGAUUGAACUUAAGUCAACGAUGUGUUACAUUUUACACAAUAUUUUUUUUACAUAAAUAAAUAAUCUUUGACAUUGCAUUUUGUGUUGUUGCAACUGGAGAACGUCUCGUCAAGUCAGGAAUAUUGUCUACAUAAAAUGUGAGGAAUUAAAAGGGCCAUAUGAUCAAAUACUUUUCUUGAUAUUUAUGUCAUGUUUUCUGUCUUUGUCACUUGUUUUGUCUCUGUAUUUGUGGGCCAUUCUUAUUGAAAAUAUCGGCUUCUAUGUCAAUAUUAAUCUAUUUAAUCUGCUUUAAAUUUCCUUAACAAUAAGUGUAUUCUUAUCGAAUGCUUCAACAGAUGUGUAACACUUUUUUUAAAGAGUGAAGCUGGUUCAACUGCUAAAUGCAUGAAUGAGACAGGGAGGAUUUACCUGCUUUUUCAUUGGCCUUUGGUAUUUAUUACAUAUUCAUGUUCAUUCAUUUCAUUCAUUGUCUUAUCAUGGUAUUUUUAGAAUUUUUAAAAGCAUAUUUAUGAUUUGUUGUCUUUUAACACACUUGAAAUCGGGUAUUUUACUGUUUAAAAUUUUAUCAGCAAUAGCCGUGUAGUUCUUGAUAUUUAUGUAGCCGUAGAGGUAGAGACAUUUGUGAUAUUGUUGUUAUUUUGUCGCACCCCACCCAUGGCAGAAUGUGUUCAAAAUUUAGAACUUAGAACGAAGCCAUGUGUUCUCCUUUGGGACUAUUUUAGUGUGCAUUUUGGGAGGAAAUCUGUCUAAAGUAGAGCUAUGCUCAUAUAGUGAUUUAGUGUCUUAGAUAACAUAGAUGCAGUAACGCUUUGUGAAUUAAAAAACACACAAAAUAACAUUACCAGUGAAUGCGUGAUAAAACUUCGUAUCACAGCUUACUUUUCAAUGACCAUGGUUUCAGAGGGUUCACUUUUAACAUGAUGAAACAUGCAAUGUAACAAAUAUAUGUUGCAAGUGAUAAGUGGCAGAGAUUUUGUUGUCUAUAAUUUAUGUCAAAUUUCUUUGGGAACCCUUGUUUAUGUUGUUUGUGUGUGUGCUUUUGUUGUUUUCUGUUGUUUACAUACAAAGUUAUUCAACAAAGCAAUAAUCCAGUGUUCAUAUCAUGUAACUGCUAACUUUUCGAGAAUUGUAGUCUUUUGUCGUAAUUGUAAAGUUUUCAAACUAAACUGUGGGUGGGGUGUGGACAAACUCAACGCAAUGUCCAAACAGGAAUAGCUUUUAUACUGACUGACAGAUUCACAAAAACGUUCUUAUUUUAUGUUUGUUGAGACUUGUCUGUUUGUUUAAUUUCUCUGUUGUUUUGCAUGCAAAUUGGUGAUUCCUGAAAGUUCGGAUUGUAUGAAAUGUUUCUGAAGACUUCUCAUUGAAAGUAAAAUGUUAAACAUGAUACAUGAAAGACAAGCUUUCAUAGCUUCUAUACCUGGCUUAAAUUCAAUGAUUUGUAGAUUAUUUUUUUUAGUUUACAAGUUUUGUUUCAGACUAAAAAAUAAUUAUUAAAUGGCAUUGUUUAAUAAAAGGACAGUAGAUGGGUAAUGCUAAAAUUGUUACUGAAGCUGUUAUUCAUGUUUUAUACAUUUUUGAAACGGCUUUUAUUUGUGUGUAUAUUAAUACUGUAAUACUUUAAAUAUUACAUGAAAUGACUUAAAAAGGUUCUACUUCACAGAGUACUUUUUUGGAGAAUGUUGUUAGUUUUAAUUGAAGGGUUAUGGGAGUUGAUUUCCUACCAUUUACAUUGUUUUAAGGUGUGACUUUCAUUGUAAUGUGUAAAUAUUAUGGACGUUUACAAUAUUUGUUCAUGAUCUGGGAUUGUAUCAAUGGCGUUUUGAUUUGAUGUGGAUGAAUGAACCUAUAUUCCUGUAUUUUAAUCGUAUGUGGUAAUGUUGAGGGAUUUAACAGGGUGUGGCAUUGAUAUUUUAAGUGGGUAGGUUUUCAAAAUCUUUUCAGUAAUUUUUUAAACAUGCUAAAACCACAUUGAUCUUCUAAAUUAAUCAAUACAUUUGGUGAAAAUAGCACAAUUAAAUUAUAUAGUAGCCUUAUAUUUUAAACCCUGUUGCUUCCCUGCGUCUGUAAAUAAUGACUUGUUUUGUGUUAUUUGUGAUUAUGUAAAAAAAAUGUCCAUGCAGAAAAAAUAACUUUGAACGAAGGAGUGCUAAUUUUACCCCCAAAAAACGCACAUUUAUGAAAUAAUAAAAUCAUUACGCAUUGCACAUCUCUUCGCAAUUAGCAUGAAUUUCUGAGCUCAUCUACGCAAACCAGAAAUUAGUACUAGCUUUCACAAGUACAUUUAUAUAAUUGUACUAAAAAGAUUUGUGCAAAUUUUUGUGUAACCAAAUGUUGCUUAGCUUUAACAUAACCCACCAAAAACUUACGCCCAUUUGUUUUUACUUUUAUCUACCUUAUUAAACAAAAUAUGUCUCAUUUUUUGUCUGUUAUAAAAUGUGUGUGAGAGUGUUCAUGUAACCUUUUUAUUUGUAAGGUGAACAUAUCAAUGUAUAACAAGCCGCAAGUUACCAAAGAUAUAGUAGUUUGUAGCCUUGUGAACAAUUUCUAGCCUUUGCAGAUGGAAUUAUUUUUCUGCCUCUAAUAAAGAUCUUUAUAAUUGUGCACAGACAAAACAUCUUCACAAAGUCAUAAACAAAAGUUUUAUUUUGAUUAUUAAUACUAUGUUUUUCAGUAAGAAAUAUUUCUGAGAUGAAAAUCAUGUAAAGCUGGGUUGUUAAUUUGAACAAGUUUUUGCUUAGGACUGGAUUUUGUUGAUACGUAUUAUUGACCAGUCAUCCAUAGUUCAAUAAUUGCUUGCAGUAGGCUAAAUAAUCUCUUAUGUAACCAAAAUAUUUCUUGUAGACUUAGAAAGACUGCAUUUAGAUUUAGAGUUGUUAUAAACCAGUUUGUAAAUAAUUCUAAAGUCUAAAUUAUUUUUGUAAAUAAUUUAUUUAUUGGACAUGUUCAAUGUAUCCGACAGAUAAUUGUUUCAUAUAUAACAGUUCUCUUUGGUAACUUGCGGAUAUCAUUCAUUUUUAUUUAGAUGAUUGUAAAUGUUUAUAUAAAAUUACCAGAAUUGCAGUUGUUAUAUAUUUUUAACGGUGAUAAAUUAUUGUUUUAGAAUAGCAAUACUAUCUCUGUCAUGCCUGCUUUAUUCAGGUAUGUUUAUGCAAAAACCAGUAUGUUAAUUUCGUAGAAUAGAAAACCAAGGUUAAAGUUACAGUUGAUAGAUAUUGGGCAAAUUUUCAGACACUAGAAAGUUCAAGAUUACCCAUAUCUUACAUGUAUUUUUAUCAACCUACACAUUUCUUUGAAAUUGAUAACGAAAAUUUCAUUUAAUAAAAUCAUCUUAUAAUUGUACCCUCAAUGCUGUCCUUUAGAUAAUUGGAUUUUUGCCCUCCAUUUGUUGACUGUAACUGUCCCUUCACGCCAUGGAUAGCAAAUAAUAUCUGUUUGUGCCAAAUCUUCAGUGGCGUCGUGACGUUGACUACAUACCAAAACAUGGUUCAUUUGCGUGCAAAAACUGGUCAACGGAAAAGCAACUUGUCUAAUUUUUGCUUGCAUUUGAGACUUGUUAUUCCUAUAUUCUUAUAAUUAAGGUCAUGUGAUCACGUAAAUAUUCAGGUCUUAGAAAGCUGCUAGGCUCACACAACUGUUGGUAUUUGAAAUUUUAAUACAUUUUUUUUGUUGCAAAAUACCAGUGUUAAAUAUAUAUUGGCUACAGUUUAAGUUCAAAACUAAAUUAUUUCAAAGUUACCUUCUAUUUUAAUCAUGGAAUCUGUAAUAUAAGAAUUAAUUUUCAAAAGAAUCUCUGAGGCAUCAGACCUCCAGAUGUGUUGUAUUUCAAUUUAAGUUCCCAGAAAAUUGGGAGUGUCGUGUACGUAAUUGAUUUUACACUACAGGAUAUAUAUGUCUCAGUCUGUGCGAUUUGUUUACUGUACAUGUCAAUACUUUUACUCUUAAUAAAAGGUUUGAACUGGUA